UGAGGGCCUCCGACAAGGAUAGCAGCCAGGAUCUGCACGUCAGUGCCGUCGAGACCGACGGAGACAGCAUGGACCUCUGGCCAUCUGAACUCUUCGUUCGCGUCCUGCACGGCCAUCGCCUCCUGAGGGACGUCCAGGCCUAUGUUAGGCGCUACACGCCCCCUCAGGUCACCUUCAUGGCGGACAGGCUUGGGGAUCCCAAUGCCCAGGUUGUCAACCAGACGACCUUUCGCUCGUUGUCCCGCAUCCUUUACGAGAAUGAGAUGAUAGCCAUCGCCCCGUGGGGUGUCGACAGCCGACUACACGGGGCUGGCAUAAUAAUCUUCCCUGCCGAGAACUCGAGCUCCCUCCUCGUCGCCGGACUUUUCCCCUACAAUCCGUUCCCCGACUUCAUCACGAUGGCCAUGCUCCCGAUGCAGUCCCAGCAGUACUACCCGUCGAUGUCAUCGGUGCCUCUGCCCAUGCAGCAAUCGUCGAUGGCCGCCGCAUACCCGGGCUACUCAGGCGCCGUGGCGUCGAGCUCGUCUUCGCAGUACGCCGAUCCGUCAGCUUCUUCGAGCCAGUGGCAGGGACAAGGGAACCCGAUGUACUACCCCGACUACCGCGGCUCCUACUCCAGGUACCCGGACCAGUCCUAAUUUCGCUCCGAUCGCCGACCAAUUUCCUGCCGAAGAAUACGUAUACCUUUCGCCCCCUCACGCAGCCGUGCUGUACCAUAGAUCUCCCCGCUUCACCUGUAUCUGACCUGUAGCCUCAGCGCACCCACAGUUCCAGAUGUAUUAUUAUCGCCCCCUCGUUGUCUGCGUCUUCGUUCUCAUGCUCAUAUACCAGUAGAGCCACGUACUCUCAGACUUUAGAUACCUUCGCUUUGCUUCCUCUUCUGCUCCUUGUUUGCCUCCCCUCUCAUUUUACUACGAUAAUCUCACGUAGACAGCGGUGCUGGUCACCGAGUGUUUGACCGAAUGAAUUCCUGUCUCUUCUGCUGAAAA